UUUACUUCACUUUCUGUCAGAUGGCAGAGGGCGACAAGAAGGCAGCCAAGAAGAAGAAGCACGGGAGCCGGAACCCGGCCCUGGCCAAGGGCAUCGGCCGCUACUCCCGGUCUGCCAUGUUCGCCCGCAGGGCCAUGUACAAGAGGAAGACAAAGACCACUGAGACCAAGGUGGAGAAAAAGCUGAAGGCAAAGCCCCGGGCAACUGUUGUCAAGACAGUUGGAGGAGACAAAAAUGGAGGCUCUCGUGUUGUCAAGCUGCGCAAGAUGCCACGCUACUACCCCACAGAGGAUGUUCCCCGUAAGCUGAAGAGCCACGGGAAGAAGCCUUUCAGCCAGCACAAGAGGAAGCUGCGUAGCUCCAUCACCCCAGGAACUGUCCUCAUUCUGCUCACUGGUCGCCACCGUGGAAAGCGCGUGGUGUUCCUGAAGCAGCUCUCAAGUGGUCUCCUGCUUGUCACUGGCCCUCUUGCCGUGAACAGAGUACCCCUGCGCAGGGCUCACCAGAAGUUCUGCAUUGCCACCAACACCAAAAUCGACAUCUCUGGCAUGAAGAUCCCCAAAACUCUCAAUGAUGCCUACUUCAAGAAGAAGAAGCUGAGGAGGCCCCGUCACCAGGAGGGAGAGAUCUUUGACACUGAGAAAGAGAAGUACCAGCUGACAGAGCAAAGGAAGGAGGACCAGAAAGCUGUUGAUGCUCAGCUCCUGCCCCUUAUCAAGAAAGUACCUCAGCUCAAAGGGUACCUGCGCUCUUCCUUCUGCUUGUCUAAUGGUGUCUACCCACACAAGCUGGUUUUCUAAAUGUGUUGUAAUAAAGAGUACCAUGGACUUA